AUGACAGCGGCGGAGCAGCAGGUGGCGAAACUGAUGGAAGAGGACAUGGGCGCCGCUAUGCAGUACCUCCAAGGGAAGGGCCUCUGCCUCAUGCCCAUCUCCCUCGCCUCCGCCAUCUCCGCCGCCACCUGCCACCCCCCCGCCCCCUCCCCCAGCGCCCUCUCCGCCCUUACCGCCCACUCCACAGUCGCCGCCGCCGCCGCUGCCGCCGCCGCCGCCGGCUCCGAACCCUCCUCCUCCUCCAAAGAGGCCGCCUCCGUUUCCAAGCCCUGA